AUGACGCGCGCCACGACCAAGCACGACCUACCCAACGAUCAACGGCUCGGUUUGUACCACGAGCUCUUGGUGCACAAGGUUAACGGCCGCUUGCCCAAGGGCAAGGCAGAGGAGCUUCUGGCGCAGUAUGGAGUCUCAAGGCAGACAUUGUCCAAGAUCUGGCGACGCGGCCAGAGGUCGAAAGCACGAAAUGGCCUCGCAGACGUAGCACUGAAGAAGAAAGGGCGCUGUGGACGACGCCCGUCGCGCACCAUGUCCGACAUCGAGACCGCCAUAAAGAGUGUCCCGCCGGUCCUGCGGAGAACGUUUGAGUCCUUGGCGGUGUCAAGCGGCAUUCCAAGAACAACGCUUUGGCGGGUCCUUCAGACAAAGAAGCUUCAGCGUCGAACCAGCCGCCUCAAGCCAAUGGUCACGGAGAAGCACAAGGCGGACCGUUUAGCCUUUGCCAGUGGUUCUACCUGA